UGUUUGUUGUGGUUGAGGUUGUGAUGCUGGUGUGGUUUGCUCCGUGUCCAGCGCGGUGUAAAGCUGUGGUGACCUGUAACCAGGCCGUGCGGGGCGGCCGCCUCAUCAACCUCAAAGCCACGGUGGACGCAGCGGUGAAAGUCUGUCCGACGGUUCGGCACGUGUUCGUGGCUCAGAGGACUGAGAAGCCCUUGGACAUGGGAGCGCUGGACGUCAGCCUGCAGGAGGCGAUGUCCCGUCAGUCUCCAGUGUGUCCCGCCGAGCCGAUGGACAGUGAAGACCUGCUGUUUCUGCUCUACACCUCAGGAAGUACCGGCAAACCCAAAGGUGUGGUCCACACGCAGGCCGGGUACCUGCUGUACGCCACCCUCACGCACCAGUAUGUCUUCGAUUACCGUGACGACGAUGUCUUCGGCUGCGUGGCAGAUGUAGGUUGGAUAACCGGACACAGCUACGUGGUUUACGGGCCGCUGUGUAACGGCGCCACCACUGUCGUGUUUGAGAGCACACCCGUGUACCCGGACCCAGGCCGCUACUGGGAGAUGGUGCAGCGUCUCGGCAUCACUCAGUUCUACUGCGCACCAACGGCGCUCCGCUUGCUGCUGAAGUACGACAAGAGCUGGGUGACAAAGUACGACCGCUCCACGCUGAGGACACUCGGAUCAGUGGGAGAACCAAUAAACCACGAGGCCUGGCACUGGUUCCACAACGUGGUGGGAGACGGACGCUGUCACGUAGUGGACACCUGGUGGCAAACAGAGACGGGUGGAAUCUGCAUCGCGCCGCGCCCGGCAGAGGACGGAGCACCCAUCGUCCCGGCGAUGGCCAUGAGGCCCUUCUUUGGAAUCCAGCCAGUGCUCAUGGGAGAUAAGGGCCAGCUGCUGGACGGUAACACCGUCACCGGCGCUCUCUGCAUCAGCCAACCAUGGCCCGGAAUGGCUCGCUCCAUCUUCGGCGACCACCAGCGAUUCAUCGAGGCCUAUUUCAAACCGUUUCCUGGUUACUUCUUCACAGGCGACGGAGCGAGCCGGGACGAGGACGGGUACUACCAGAUCACCGGCCGCAUGGAUGAUGUCAUCAACGUCAGCGGACAUCGUCUCGGGACAGCAGAGAUUGAGGACGCUCUGGGACAACAUCCCAGUGUUCCAGAAACAGCGGUGAUCGGAAUCCCACACGACAUCAAAGGAGAAGUGCCGUUCGCCUUCAUUGUGCUGAAGGACGACGCCAUCCACGACCAAGCCGCCAUUCUGCAGCAGCUCACUCACCUCGUCACCACCAAGAUCGCUAAAUACGCCGUCCCUGAGCACUACCUGGUGGUGAAGCAGCUGCCAAAGACUCGCUCUGGGAAAAUCAUGAGGCGGAUCCUGAAGAAGGUCGCCAUAGAGACGGCCAGUGACCUCGGCGAUGUGUCGACCCUGGAUGACCCGUCGGUUGUCAUGGAGAUCAUUGAGGCCCACAAGCGUUAUAGGAAGCAGCGGCAGAUGGAGCAGCAGGAGCAGUAACUUCCUGUUUGGUUGAUGGCGUGCAGGUGAUGGGGGCGGGGCCAGAAUGCUCCCCGUAACCCGGCAGUUCUAAGCAGCUAAAGAUGAAGAAAAGACACUUCAGGGGAUCUGAACCAGCAACCGUCUGCUCCUGAGUGCAACAGUUGCCCAGAAUCAAAUUUAGUCAGAAUUUUAUAUUGUUUUCGCUUUCGUCCAGUUAACAAAAGUUUUAAAUAUU